AUGACCAAUCGCCAUGAACCUUCCUAUACAGAUAGCUUAUGGUCAUCUAACAACUGCAGCGAUGUAAUAUUUCAGAUUGCCGGAAAUAGCAUACGUGCCCAUACUCCAAUUCUAAAAGCUAGAACUCCACUAUUUUAUGAUUGCUAUGUCAAGGCAGCGACUGAUAAAGAUUAUCCUAUACCUAUCGAUAAUAUCACUGUUGAGCAAUUCAACCAUUUUCUUAGACAGGUGUAUUUGAAUGAUGAAGCUUGUGACAUUGAUCAGCUUGAAGGUGAAUGGCUUACAGGCAAAGUUUUAACUGACAAGUCAGACCACGAAAACCUCGUAUCCAAUAACGAUAACUGUUCGAAUUUGAUAAUAGACGGUUACAAUAUAACCGAUGCUGCAACUUCUAGGCUUGGCAAAGACUUACUUAACCUAUUUCAAGACAAUCUUUCCGAUGUCACACUGAUUAUUGAUGACGUGGAGCUAAAGUGUCAUAAAUGCAUAUUAUGUGCCCGAUCUGAAUACUUUAAUGCGAUGCUAUCUGGUAGUUGGACUGAGAGUAAUAACAAUACUAUCGAAUUACAUAGGGUUCAUCCGUCAGCUAUUACAGCUUUGCUGUAUUAUAUAUACGGUGGCAUCGUUGAAUUACCAUCAGCCACUGACUUAACUUUCUUAGCUCCUAUAGCUGAUAUGUACAAUCUUGAUGGCUUGAAAGAUGUCGUUUCGUACACGUUUAUGAGAGAUUGGUGCAAAUUUUUCGAUAAGGUAAAUAAUGAAUUAACCGACAAUAUUUCUCGAUGUUUGGAAAUUGCGGAUACCUUUGGAUUUGAAUACCUUCGCGAAUCUUGCAUGGGAUGGAUCAUUAAGAAUUUUAACCGGGUAUGGUGUAGCAAGAGCUUUGCAAAACUGCCAACAGAAAUUCAGCAGGAUGCCCUAAAACACAUGCAAGAAUUAUUAGCAUUGGAUUCUGUCACUGAUAUCUUAAGAGGUUGUGACUAUUUACUAGUUAACAUGGCAGAUGGAAUUAAAUGGACCGAAAAUAUACGCGAGAUUACUACAACUUUACAGCAGAGUUGUUUAGAUUUUAUCUCAGCACGAUUCAGGAAUCUUAUUCACCAACUGAACUUCCUUUCUUUAUUUCGGGGUAUGGGAAAAUCUGAUAAAAUAGUAAAGAAUAUAUUCGAUAACUUGGCUAUGCAAUUGACUCCGGACAACGUCUGCUCGCAUUUUAAAGCCAUUGAGGAAUUAAGGCAUCAAACAAAACUUGAGGAAUGGGAAGAAAUGGAUAGUAUUACCCUGAUUGAGGAUUUUCAUGCUAACUUGAAAAGGUUCAUUAACAGCAACGCUGGAAGGGUUAGAACAAGUCCUGGCUGGAAUAGUUUAUCACAAAAGCAACAGGAAGAAUUAAAGCAAGGGUUAGUAAUUUUUGAAAAUGGCGGAAGCAGAACUUCGAAGAUCGCUAUCGGUAAAAAUAAUUUGGCCGGUAAUCGUAGUGGCAAUAAAAGUAGCAUUCGUUCGAAAAACAUCGCAGUUACUCAACAGAAUCACAGACUCGGGCAAAGAGGGAACAAUUUAAAUUUGAUGCGUCCUCAACGUGGUACUAAUCACUCGAAUCAAGGUAGCAGCAGAUUACCAGUAACAGCUACUACAUCUACAGCUGUAAAUUCGAUAGCAGGAAGAUCAAACAAUACCAUGUCUCAAUCUCGAAGAGUCUCAAAUCCUUGUGGGUGGAAUAGUCGUUCUACGCGAAGUACCGUCGAUGCGAAAAGAGAUCAUUAUUCUUCUAGGACUAAAGCGACAGCUACUGUAACAGUAACAUGCGAUGCAAGCUGCUUACCGAAACGGAAUGCAUCCAAAUUUAAUCCAACCUUACAGACUAGGUCUGGAUCGAUAAAAUUAAAACAAGCAUCGUUGGAUUCAUCUAAAUUACAGAACUUAGAUGUAGGGCACCUUGAUAGUAAAUUGAAUAAAAAUGCUUCUAAAUCAGCUAAUGGAACUUCAAGAAUUCCUAUUAGAAACAAGCAAACUAUAAAUUAUAUAGGCAACGUUGACAAUCAGCGACAGGGACAAGUUUCAAGAAUUCCCAGAAAUGUAGCACUGUCAAGAUUAAGCCCUAGUAAAUGUUUGCUAUCGCGCUAUCCGCUAUUCCCAUCUGAUUCAGUUAAAAUUUCUUCAACCAUUAUAAAUCAUUCUAAUGGUGGUAUAAGUGCAAGUACAGUGAAGAUGAAAACUUCAAGUAAUCCGGAAUUAGCGGUUACGACGUAUCGACCAAAUAUGGUGAGCCCUGAUUCUAUGAAUGAGGCAAAAGAUCCAAUUAAUAGUGCUUCUGUAUCGACAGCUGUAAAAAACAAGCUAGAAAUGAAUAUCUCGGAUGCUGCUAUGAAGCUUCAAAUAACAAAGAAUAGCGAAGAAAGUUCGACGGAGAAUAAACAAUUUUUUUCUGAAGAGUUAAGUAAUAGUUCCAUGACGAUCCAGCCACCAGUAAAGGCUGCAUGCAGUGAAGAAAACUCGUAUGAAGAUCAUACAUCAUUGGAUAUUAGUUCUGAUUUAUGCUUAGAAUUAGUUGCGGAUUUGAAUGUAAGAGACUUUGAGACUCCAGCGCAAUCUCUACCGGAUGAAAUAGAAAAAGAAAUAACCACAACUUGCACCCAUUCCGAUGAAGAUGUAGACAUAAAUGCUAUGGAAUCGUCGUAUGAUAGAGCGAGCCAAGAGCUAUUGGACGCUUUCUCUGAAGGGAAUGAGCAAGAUCCUGAAAGUAGAGUAUAUCAAAAUCUCCAGUAG